AUGACCACGAGCCCCAGCGCUGCGAGCGAGGCGGCGACCGAGACCGCCUUGCCACGAGGCUCCAAGGGGUCUUCUGGCCAGCGCCUGGCUUCGGGUCGUGCCCGCCGUCGUGGGCGCGUUCACCUUUACAACCUGGAAACGGGUCUCAAAGUGCCCGAACAGUCGGCACCGCGCCGCUCCAAUCUCGUCCGAUUCAUGGUGGACCACGACAUGGUGGUGCCCGACCUCAAGCACCAAGCCAACGUCAAACGUAGGGGCAAGCAUCCCAACUUGGUUUUUCUCACACCCGUGGACUGCUACAGCUUGCUGCUGAACAACCAACAGGCGAGCGCGCUGGUGAGCAGCCGCUUGACGCAGAUCGCUGACCAGACAGCGGCUGACAUGAUGCAAAUGUCUCGGGCGGCCUACCUCGAGGUUCGCGCAAGCCUAGACUCGUCGGCGCUGGCUUACGCGCGUGCCGCAGCCCAGGGCUCGGGCAACGACAGCUUUUGCGAUCUCGACGAUACGCUCGACCACAGUUUCGCCUCGCUCGGACCGCGAGUCUCGACGCCCCAAGCUGAUGGACUUGCAGGUUCACAGCGCCAGCUCGCUCGACAGCCGUCGCCAUCCCUGGAUGACAGUGCCGUCACCACAGGCACUCCGUCCCACACGCCUCUUCGCGCCCUUCGGCUCUUUGAUAUGGGUGCCAUGGGGCGGGCCUCAUCAAAGGCCGCUCCCGCCCUCGAUGACAGCGUGCUGGCCGACGGUAGCUUACCGGCCUCACCGUGCCCUCUGGAUGUCAAGCCACAUACUGGACUUGCAAACGCCCAGUCUGAGCCGACGUGCCCAACGUGCUGCAAAUGCGACGUGGAAGCGCUCCAGGUCUUCGUCCACCAGGACGCCGUGGACAUGUCCGCCUUGCGCAGUGCCCUUGUGACCCUGCUUGCACGCCUCGACUCGGUGUCUCACCGAAACUUUGAUGGCAUGUACGCGGAGCGUAGAGCCCUCCCAACCCGUGUGCCCACGCCACUCAACCAAGAGCCACGCCGCGGAAACCUCCAAGCCUGCCCGAACAUCACCAUUGCAGUUGGCGGCUACGUGCCACGCAACCGCGCCAACCAUCUCAUCGGACGCCCCGCACCUGGCCAACACUUCCCCAUCUCUAAAAAUCCAACUCACAACCUCUCUCUCUCUCUCUCUCUCUCCCUCUCUUCUUCUUCUUCUCUCUCUCUCUCUCUCUCUCUCUCCCUCUCAUACAAGUUAAUGUUGGUAGAGAAAGAGUUGUUGUAG